AGAACGUGUUGUAAACAAUGAGACUAUUCCAGACCGAUUCCAGCUUUGUGUCUAUCCAACAGUUUUAUCUGUGCAAAAAUAACAGUGACUUUCCAAAGCUCUGCUCAUAAGAAAUAAAAAUGGUCCUCGGGAGCUGAAGCAUGGAGGCGGUUCUGAGCAGGUUGAGGGGGCUGAGUGCUGACGAGCUGCGAGAGGAGUUCGCCAGGGCAGACCUGAAGUGCGGCCCCAUCACAGCAACCACCCGGGCCAUCUUCGAGAGGAAGCUGGCACGAGUCCUCGCCGGGCCAGAGAGCAGCGCCACUGAAUCGGACAGUAGCUCGGCAGCGGGCGAGUCGGGCAGCUCGGCCUCUGGCACUGACCAGGCAAACCCCAUGUCAUGUUCCACCUCAGCAGCCACACCCGCCACCGCCGCCACCACUACCAGCAGCAGCAGUCCACCCCAGGCUGCCAGCGAGGAGAUGGAUUUCGGUUACGGCAUGGGUCUCAACCCGCCGGAGGAAGAGGAGAUCUCAGUAAAGAAAAGGACCACCUCAAACAGCUCUGUGGAGGGCAGUAACUCUCAUCCCCGAGCGGAAACCCCUUCAAAGCCUGCACAAGUGUCCCCGACCUUCUUUUAUGGAGUAUGUCCCCUGUGGGAGGAUGUCCUGACUAGAAAUGAGAGAGCACAUGUUUACACAGAUAAAAAGGAGGCCCUUCAGGCUGUAAAGAUGAUGAAGGGAGCCCGCUUCAAAGCCUUUUCCAACCGCGAGGAAGCCGAGAAGUUUGCCAAGGGGAUUUGUGACUAUUACCCUUCUCCCAACAAAUCCGCGCCCUGUGUGUCCCCCGUCAAACCAGGCCUGGUCAUUUGUAAGGACAACAUGGAGGUCGACACCAUCAACCGGGAGCGAGCCAACAGUUUCAAGAGCCCACGCACGCAGGACCUGACGGCAAAGCUGAGGAAAGCCGUGGAGAAAGGUGACGAGGUCGCCUUCAGCGAGCUGGUGUGGAGCAACCCACGCUAUCUCAUCGGUUCAGGGGACAACCCUACCAUUGUGCAGGAGGGCUGCCGGUACAAUGUAAUGCAUGUGGCGGCCAAGGAGAACCAGGCGGGGAUUGCACAGCUGCUGCUGGACACCCUGGAGAACCCCGACUUCAUGCGCCUCAUGUACCCCGACGACCAGGAAGUCAUGCUGCAGAAACGUAUCCGCUACAUUGUAGACCUUUACCUCAACACUCCCGAUAAGGCUGGCUUUGACACGCCGCUCCACUUUGCGUGUAAGUUUGGGUGCCCCGAAGUGGUCAACGUCCUGUGCUCGCACCCCGACAUUGAUAAGAACUGCAAGAACAAGUAUGACCAAAAGCCUUGUGAUGUUAUUUGUGACAGAAAAAAUAAAACCCAAGAAGUGAAGCAGAAAAUACGUGACUAUUUGGAAGACCGCUGCUAUAUCCCCUUACUGAGGGCAACCGACAACACUUCUCAGCCCAUCAUUGGUGCCCCCUGGUCCCCCGAGCCUUCAGAAACUUUCUGUCAUUCGCUGAGCUCGUGGCCCACAAGAAGCCCUGUGGAUCCAGUGAUGACUGUCAAAGCAUUUGCCGGCCCGCUGAGCCCCUCUAAAGCAGACGAGUUUCGUCGGGCAUGGAAGACGCCGCCCAGAGACCGGGCAGAGUAUUUCCACCGUAUUCUUAAGUCUGAUCCUGACCGGGGGGCAGAAAGAGUUGGCAGAGACCUGGCUCGUGAGAUGGGCCACCCCUGGGCUGAAUACUGGGACUUCCUGGACAGUUUCUUGGAUCUGUCAUCUACAGAGGGCCUCCGUAAGUUGGAAGAAUACCUCAACAAGAAAGACUUCAGCCAGCGGGUUCAUGAGGAGGCUGGGGAGAACGAGACCAGCAACAGGUUCAGAACUCCCUCUCCAGGCAAGCCCAAGAAGUUCUGCAACUCUGUCUCUGUGGGAGCCUUUCUGGACGAGGGUGAUGACAUCAGCCUAGAGGAGAUGAAGAACCGACAGAAUGCGGCGCUCACCAGCAUCACCUCCUCUGCCAGCGCCAAGGACGGCCUGAAGGGUGCCGUGGGUGGCCGCGAGUUCCACAUCCUGCACCACCGCAGUGCCGACCUGAUUGAGACUGCGGCCGAGCAGGACCUACUGUGCUGCUGCGACGACGGCCUCCUCUCGCCAGGAGUGGCCUGUAAAACAGGCCUGUGCUCCACCUCCUCUGUGAGAGACAGGACUCACAAUGGGGACAAAGUGUCCCCCCGCACCUCGCCGUCCUCCUCCUGCCUGCUGUCACCCAUCUCCAAUCUCAUGGUGGAGUUUGAGCGUAUGUCCCUGCAGGAGCCACUGGACAGCCCCACCAGCUGCAGGGAGAGGAGGAGCAGCGGGGGCAGCCGGCACAGGGAGUCCCGGGACUCCUACAGCUCCUCCUCGGCCACAGAGCUGAGCUGUGGGCUGAGCCGGCUUUCGCUGGGUCACGUUGGCCAGGACGCUGAGGGUGGGGAGGAGCCGGGAUGGAGCAAAGAGGGAGGAGAGGUUGGGGAGAGGCGUGCCAGCGGCAGCUCAGAGGAGUACUUUGAUGCCGAGGAGGCCCUGGAGGGCCUGGCCAGGACUAGGGGGUCGAUGUCAGGGGGUCGCAUCUUUUGUGCCAGGUCCAAGUCUUGGGACCAUGGGGGGAGGGACCUUAGCAGCUCGAGCUCCUCUGGCUCCUAUAAGUCCUUGGAUAAUUCCGACUUCCUGCCCAGGACCCCGCCACGCAUUAGAAAAGGACUUUUCAUCGAUGGGGAUUCACCAACCAAGUUGGACAGAGAGGUCUUACUAGCAAUAGAAGCCAUAGACAUCGAUCCCCAGAAGUAUCCCAGCAUUCUUAAAUGGAAGAGCACAAUGAAGACAUACUCGGCAUCGGAGAUGCAAAGCUGGCCCAGCCCUUCGGUGGUGAAACCUCGACUCAGGAUGCCACACCACACGCCCGGCUCGUCACCGGUCAGCAGCCUGGUGUCCCCGGCGGCGGCGGCUCGCUUCAGUCCCGCCCGGCACGCCACCCCGCCCGACUUCAGCCCCAGCCGUUACAGCCCCGCCCACGCUAGCUACAUCCAGCGCAUCCGCCUCAAGCACUUCAGCGAGCCGCCGCUUUAACAGCCAACACCCCUUUCCCCCCCUUCGCAUCCCCCACGCCAGUACAGAUCCAGCCCCACCAAGGCGGCUGCACCAGAGCUCAGAACCAUAUUACCUAACAAAAAUAUGCACAAGCAUCUGGAAGAUUUGUAUUAAUGAUGUAUGGUACUACUCCUAUAUAUUGCAUACAGGAAUUCUCAUCACGUUGGGUUGUGAUGUACGCUCAAGACUUUAAAAAUGGGAAAAAGAAAAAAAAAAAAGACAGAAACCGGGUUCCUUGACGAUGUAUGUACUGUAUGGGUGUGGACCAUGUUGAAUUGAUGGUAAUGUUGUUUGUGGCAAGUGUGAAGCACCUGUAUCAUAGCCUGAGUCAACUUUUUUGAAUAAUCAUUAAUACAAGCCGCACUCCCCGAAGUUAGUUCUUCACUAAAAUCUUAGUGUUGAAUCCUCAACAGGGUUCUGUCACUUAAAUAGAUGUUUUUAAGAAAAAGAAAAAAAAAGUAAAAUGUCAAUAUUUUAAUGAAUUAUUUUUUGUAUGUCGGUCAGUAGCACAAAAAUUCAAUGUUUUUAUUAAUGGUGUUAAAACCAACUGCCAGUUCCUAUGUUUUCCUCAGUUCAGGAAUUGCCUUAAUUUUCUGAAGUGAUGGACCAGUCUUAAGUCAGUUUUGCCACAUUCUCUCCAGCUUGAUCAAGGAAGAUCCUGAAACGACAACCUCGCUGGCUGCAGCGGUGAAACACGACUGCAAACAUGGGAAAACAAUGAUAACACUGAGAUCUUCCAUGUUUUUGUUUUGUUUAAUAAAUGUGUGUACAUUUUCCAUCAGUCAUUUUUCAGUGGUUUCUGGACAUGUCUUGAUUUUUUUUUUCUUUCUGCUAAUAAAGGCAGCCUUAGACUGUGCAAUUAUUUUAUUAUCUGAAAUGUCUUUGAAUCACAAACAUUUCACUGUGAGCCUGAAUUACAAAACACGCCGACAGGUAACACGACUGAAAAAAAAAAAAAAAAAAAAAAAUUCAAGCCUUGUCUUGUCUGACUAAACCUUAUUGAAAUUGCCAGUCUGAGGCCA